GUAAAGAAGAAUAAAUAAAUUUAUUACGAACAAAAUUAAAAUAAAGGACAGCAUCACAGUGCAGUUAUGAAGAGUAUAAUAGCAUUAUGCGUUUUAUGCGCAAUAUCAUGUAAAGUGGAAACGCAGUCAUGGAACAAUGUAUUACAACAAAGAAGAGGUAUCGUUAUUCCUCAAAUUAAUCAAAAACAAGAGAAAGCGGUUACAUUCCGCGAAAACAAAAAUGAUGCUCUCAGUAGCUAUGACAAAUACAUUCAAGAUGUACUCAAUAGAAGAAAAGCUGAAGCACAAGCGAACAGAGAGGACAAUAGAUUGCCUAAUGAACCAUCUGCAUUAUUCAAUCAUGAUAAUGUUAACACUAUUAGUGGAGUGCAGCCGAUAAGACCUAUUGAUUCUGAGGAGUCCCCAAUCACCACGAAACCUGUCAGAUUUGUUGGUGUGGGUAAAACAGACGUGGAAUAUCUCAAUAAUGUAACGUACGCUAUAACGAAUUUUGGUGUUAAUCUGUUUAAGAGUAUAAACCGUUUGCAAUCCGGUAACAUCAUAGUUUCACCGACUUCAAUCGCGACCGUUUUGGCUCUGUUGCAACAGGCAGUAUUUGGCGAGGCUCUGGAUGAAAUAACGAGGAUAUUGCAAAUGACUCCUGAAGUCGUAGCCCCGACAUAUAGAAGAUUAACGUAUGACAUGAAAAAACGUAACUCUCGUAAUAUCCUGACUGUUUCAAAUAAUUUAUUUAUCGGCGAUGGUUUCGAAAUUAACCCCGAUUUCAGAGAAACUGCCAUACUGAACUUCGGCAGUGAAGUCACAGUCAUGGACUUUUCGAGACCUGUACAAGCUGUGAAGCAAAUGAACAAAUGGGUCGCCAUACAAACUCAUAAUAGGAUUGAGGAUCUGUUGCCUUACAAUGCUGUCAAUCAUAACACUCAAUUGGUGAUUGCAAACGCUGUGUACUUCAAAGGACUUUGGGAAACGAAAUUCAAUAAAGAAGCCACCAAGCUAUUGAUAUUCCACUUGAACAGCGGAGAAGCUAAAUCGGUCCCCUUCAUGCGCAUGCGUCAUUCAUUUAAGUAUGGUAUUGAUGAGACAACAAAAGCUUAUAUAACAGUUAUGCCGUUUGAGCGUCACCAAUACUCUUUGAUAUUGAUUCUUCCGCAUCAGUCAUCAGAUGCGGAUACAACACUAAACGCAUUGACCAAUACUAAAUUAGUGAGUUAUCACAAUUUCCAAGAAAUUGAAGUACAAUUAGAAAUACCGAAAUUCACGAUUAAAUCGGACACUGAUAUGAUACCGGUAUUGAAAAACAUGAACAUCUCAAAGAUCUUCUCACCUAAGACUGACCUUUCGGGUCUUGGAACAUACAGAACUUAUGCUCCAGAGAUUUCACAAGCAGUUCACACAGGAUACUUAUCUGUCGACGAGCAAGGUCUAUCCGCAGUAGGUGCAGCUGGUUUUGCAGCCGUUGCCCUAUCAUAUGAUGAACCUUCAGCUAUCUUCCAAGCAAAUAGACCAUUCCUUGCCGUUUUGUGGGACACACAGUUUGCUAUACCAUUGUUUAUAGCGAAAAUUGAAGAUCCGUCUCAAUGAAUAAUUUUAUAGUUUUAAUGUAUUUUUGUGAAAAAAUAAAAUGUGAUUUAUUUGUUUUAUAUUUUCACU